AUGGGCGGCCGCGCCGGCAAGGGGGGCUCCCCCAACGGGGAGUGCCGCCGCGGGGACGAGGGGGGCCCCGACCAGCCGCCGCCGCCGCCGUCCCAGCCCAAGGUCUCCUUCUCCUGCAGCACCGAGGGCGGCGGCGGCGGCUCCCCGAAAGCGGCCGAAGAAGGCGCCGGCGGGGCCGAGGCGGGGCCGGUCGGCGGGGAGCCCCGCGGCAGCCAGACGAGCUUCAUGCAGCGGCAGUUCAGUGCGAUGCUCCAGCCGGGCGUCAACAAGUUCUCGCUGCGGAUGUUCGGCUCGCAGAAGGCGGUGGAGCGCGAGCAGGAGCGGGUCAAGUCCGCCGGCGCGUGGAUCAUCCACCCCUACAGCGACUUCAGGUUCUACUGGGACUUCACCAUGUUGCUCUUCAUGGUGGGCAACCUGAUCAUCAUCCCUGUUGGCAUCACCUUCUUCAAAGAUGAGACCACCGCUCCCUGGAUCGUCUUCAAUGUGGUGUCCGACACCUUCUUCCUCAUGGACCUGGUCAUGAAUUUCCGGACGGGCAUUGUCAUCGAGGACAAUACGGAGAUCAUCCUGGAUCCCGAGCGGAUCAAGAAGAAGUACUUGAAGACGUGGUUUGUGGUGGACUUUGUCUCCUCUAUUCCGGUGGAUUAUAUCUUUCUCAUUGUGGAGAAGGGCAUUGAUUCCGAGGUCUACAAGACCGCCCGUGCCUUGCGCAUCGUCCGCUUCACCAAGAUUUUGAGUCUCCUGCGGCUUUUGCGUCUCUCCCGUCUGAUUCGCUACAUUCACCAGUGGGAAGAGAUUUUCCACAUGACGUACGACCUGGCUAGUGCCGUGAUGCGAAUCAUCAACCUCAUUGGAAUGAUGCUACUUCUCUGUCACUGGGAUGGCUGCCUCCAGUUCCUGGUUCCGAUGCUGCAGGAUUUCCCUAGCGACUGCUGGGUCUCCAUCAAUGGCAUGGUGAAUGAUUCCUGGAGUGAGCUGUAUUCCUUUGCCCUCUUCAAGUCGAUGAGUCACAUGCUUUGCAUCGGAUACGGGCGCCAGGCACCAGAGAGCAUGACUGACAUCUGGCUGACAAUGCUGAGCAUGAUCGUGGGGGCCACUUGCUAUGCCAUGUUCAUCGGCCAUGCCACAGCCCUCAUCCAGUCUCUAGAUUCCUCUCGGCGCCAGUAUCAAGAAAAGUACAAACAAGUGGAACAAUACAUGUCUUUUCACAAACUACCUGCUGACUUCCGGCAAAAGAUCCAUGAUUACUAUGAACAUCGCUACCAGGGCAAAAUGUUUGAUGAGGACAGCAUCCUUGGGGAACUUAAUGAACCUCUGAGAGAGGAGAUCGUCAACUUCAAUUGUCGGAAACUGGUGGCCUCCAUGCCCCUCUUUGCCAACGCUGACCCCAAUUUUGUCACAGCCAUGCUCACCAAACUGAGGUUUGAAGUAUUCCAACCGGGCGACUACAUCAUCCGAGAGGGCACCAUUGGGAAAAAGAUGUACUUCAUCCAGCAUGGUGUGGUCAGUGUCCUCACAAAAGGCAAUAAAGAGAUGAAGCUUUUGGAUGGUUCCUACUUUGGAGAGAUCUGCCUCCUGACCAGAGGGCGGCGAACCGCAAGUGUCCGGGCGGACACGUAUUGUCGUUUGUAUUCCCUCUCGGUGGACAAUUUUAAUGAAGUCCUGGAGGAAUACCCCAUGAUGAGGCGGGCUUUCGAAACAGUUGCCCUGGAUCGCUUGGAUCGCAUUGGGAAGAAGAAUUCCACCCUCCUGCACAAGGUGCAGCACGACCUCAAUUCAGGAGUCUUCAACAACCAGGAGAACGAGAUCAUCCAGGAGAUCGUCAAGUACGACCGGGAGAUGGUUCAGCAGGCUGAGCUCCAGCAGCACACCGCCAUGUACGCCCCAGCUCAGCCCCAGGUGACCUCGGCAAUCGCCACGCUCCAGCAGGCGGUGGCCAUGAGCUUCUGCCCCCAGAUGGCCAGCCCGCUGGUCGGCCCAAUCAGCCUCGGGUCCCCACGGAUGGUCCGCCGGCUCCAAUACCAGGGAGGUAUCUCCGGGGCCUUCUCCAUCUCGCCGGCGUUGCUCCAGCAGCACCACCAGCACCAGCAGCAGCAGCAGCAGCAGCAGCAGCAGCAGGGUGGCCCAAUGCCACAGAACGUGCCACGGCCCCUGCAGCAGAAUGCCCCACUCCAGCAGCAGCCCCCCCCUCCCCAGCCUCCGCCAGCCUCUUCCGCCGGCCCCUUCCCCUCCGUAGUGUCCAGUCCCCCUUCCCAAAGCCCUCACGCAAGCCGGACGUUCCCAUAUGGGGGUGCCAAGGGUCAGUCGGGUUCCCAGCUCUCGCUAACUCAGCAGAAGCCGCCCGGUUCGCCACAGCGGCUGGCAGCCCACAAGAGCACCCAGGCCCUUCACACAAGCAGUCUCAGCCAGGAGACUCGGCCGCUCUCUGCCUCCCAACCCUCCCUUCCCCACGGCGUUUCUCAGACCCUGAGCCAGAGCCCGCCGUCCUCGGCUCACGAGUCCACCGCCUCGAUCGCCACUGGGCAGGGAGCCUCCCCGUCGUCACCUGCCACUUCGACCCAGAAUGCUGGUAACACCCCGCAAGCCCCAUCGCGGCCAGCUGCCCGGGUGCCCCACCAGAUGUCCAUGGCUGCAGCAUACCCUGGGACAGCUGCCACGGCGGGCAUCCAGCAGGACUCGGGUAGUGCCCGGAAGGAUUCCAUCAUUAGUGCCCCUGAUACGGACUCAGCAAAGUCUAAGCUUCCGUCCAAUUUGUGACCCUCGAUUUAAUCAGCAAGGGGCCUUGUAGGGCGGGGAGGGCAGCACCCCAAUCACCCUAGCUGUGGGGCAGCAUGAACUGGUAAGGGGGCAGUUCUGCAGCACCCCUCUUGGCUCCCUUUCUCUCAUGCUGACCAUCACUUGCUCUGCAAUACUGGGGGGGAGGGGGGAGGGGCUCCAGAGCCUUGCAGUCACGUGCUUCACCAGGUGGGACUGAGGCACAUCGGAUCUGGGCUCAGGGAAGCUCAGCGGGAUUUCUGCCUCUGCAGGAGGAGCGACACGCGUGGGUGUUUUUUUCUA